CACAUGGAGGGCUGUGGAGCCACAGGCCCGGCACUGGCCCUGGGCCCUGAACUUCUGAGGCUCCAUGAAGUCCAGCUGUGCCUGGCCCAAGAGCAGCUGCUGCUGGAGGACCGAAGGAGGCAUGUCCAGCUGCAGAUGCAGCUAUGGCAGGAGGAGCAGAUGUGGUUGCAGCAACUACAGGAGGAGCAGCUGUGGCUGCAGCAGCUACAGGAGGAACAGGCUUGGGUGCACAUGGAGGGACUACAGCUGGCCAUGGCCCUGGAGCAGCUCCGGAGUGAGGGCCUUGAGACACUGCAGACCCAAGGCCAGAACCCCACCCACAACAUGGCUCGUCGCUCCCAGAGUUCCUCACAGGGGGACAACCCUCUGGCACCUGGAUAUCUGCCACCACACUACAAGGAAUACUACCGCCUGGCGGUGGAUGCACUGACUGAGGGUGGGCCAGAAGCCUACAGCCGCUUCUUGGCAUCUGAGGGGGCACCUGACUUCCUGUGCCCUGAAGAGCUAGAACACGUGAGCCGCCAUCUGCAGCCCCCACAGCAUGUUGCCCGCGAGCUCCCUGAGGGCAGCCCUCCUGAUGUGGACAUGGAUGGCUCCUCUGGCACCUACUGGCCAGUGAACUCAGACCAGGCCGUGCCUGAGCUUGACCUGGGCUGGCCCCUGACCUUUGGCUUCCAGGGAACUGAGGUCACCACACUGGUGCAGCCGCCACCACCUGACAGUCCCAGCAUCAAGGAUGAGGCUCGCAGAAUGAUCCGCUCUGCACAGCAGGUGGUGGCUGUAGUGAUGGACAUGUUUACGGAUGUAGACCUGCUCAGUGAGGUGCUAGAGGCCGCUGCGCGCCGCGUCCCAGUCUACAUCCUGCUGGAUGAGAUGAAUGCACAGCACUUCUUGGACAUGGUUGACAAGUGCCGAGUCAACCUACAUCAUGUGGACUUCCUGCGCGUGCGCACUGUGGCCGGCCCCACCUACUACUGCCGCACCGGGAAGUCAUUCAAGGGCCACAUAAAGGAGAAGUUUCUGCUAGUCGACUGCGCUGUGGUGAUGAGUGGGAGCUACAGCUUCAUGUGGUCCUUCGAGAAGAUCCACCGCAGCCUGGCGCACGUGUUCCAGGGAGAGCUGGUCUCCAGUUUUGAUGAGGAGUUCCGCAUCCUCUUUGCACAGUCUGAGCCUCUGGUGCCCUCGGCGGGGGCACUGGCCCGCAUGGACGCCUAUGCCCUGGCUCCUUACGCAGGUGCCGGGCCCCUAGUGGGUGUCCCUGGGGUCGGGGCACCAACUCCCUUCUCAUUCCCUAAGCGGGCGCACCUGCUGUUCCAACCGCCCCGGGAAGAAGGCCUGGGCUUCCCCUCCUUCCUGGACCCUGACCGCAACUUCCUCUCUGCCUUCCACCGGGAGGAGAUGCCACGGGGGACUGGAGGCAUCCUGGAGCCACAUGCAGGGAUGCGGCCAUUGUCACGGCGGUUGGACAUGGAGGCCGGCCCCAGUGGAGAGCUCCCGGGCACACGGGGCUUCUUCCAGGCACGGCACCUGGAGAUGGACGCCUUCAAGCGGCACAGCUACACAGCCGCCGAUGGCACAGGUGCUGUGGAGAAUUUCGCGGCUGCCCGCCAGGUGUCACGCCAGACAUUCCUCAGCCACGGUGAUGACUUUCGCUUCCAGACUAGUCAUUUCCACCGUGACCAGCUCUACCAGCAGCACUACCAGUGGGACCCACAGCUUAAUCCUGUGCGCCCACAGGGCCUAUUCGAGAAGAUCCGUGCUGGCCGCCCAGGCUUCGCCGAUCAUGACGACUUCACGUUGGGUGCUGGGCCACGGUUCCCAGAACUCGGCCCUGACGGGCACCAGCGGCUGGAAUAUGUGCCAUCCAGUGCGUCUCGCGAAGUGCGCCAUGGCUCGGACCCCGCCUUUGGGCCAGGCCCGCGGGGUCUUGAACCUGGCGGUGUCCUGCGCCCAAAUCUGAGCCAGAGGUUCCCCUGCCAGGCGGUGGUGAGGCAAGGCACAGACCCUGCCAUGGAGACAGAGCCCGAGCGUAAGGGGGGUGCCGAGGGACGCGCAGGGCUCCGGCACUGGCGCCUUGCCUCCUACCUGAGCGGCUGUCAUGGCGAAGACACAGGUGAGGAGGGCCUACCCACGCCCAUGGAAGCCGAGGUCUAUGAGGACGACGUGCUGACUCCUGUGGGCCGAGCCACCGCUGGGGACUUGCUCCCCUCAGCCUUCCGUGGCCCUACUGCCUUCCCAGCCAAGGGCCCUGUGCCGGGCUCAGGAAGCGGAGAUGGUGCAGAGCGCGAGGGUGUGGAGGAGGCUGGCCUGGCCAAGCAGGACUCCUUCCGCUCACGCUUGAAUCCGCUCAUCCAGCGCAGCUCGAGGCUCCGAUCCUCGCUCAUCUUUGCAUCCCAGGCACAGGCAGAGGGCACGGGUGGUGCCACAGGGGCCACCACUGAGAAGGUACAGCUGCUGCACAAGGAGCAGACCAUCAAUGAGACACUGGGACCUGGUGGAGAGGCCAUUCGCUCCACUGCCUCCGCGAAAGUGGCUGAGCUACUGGAGAAGUACAAAGGUCCAGCGCGUGACACUGGGGGAGCUGUCACUGUCUCCAGCCAUAGCAAAGCCGUGGUGUCCCAGACGUUGCGGGAAGAGAUGGCAGCAGUGGGCACUGGAAGGUGUGAGCGCCGCAGCCUGGAGAGCUGCCUGCUUGACUUGCGCGACUCCUUUGCUCAGCAGCUGCACCAGGAGGCUGAGCGGCAGCCUGGUGCUGCCUCACUCACAGCCGCACAGCUGCUUGACACACUGGGCCGGAGCAGCGCUGACCGCCUGCCCUCUCGCUUCCUUUCUGUUCAGGGCCGUUCCACCUCCCCGCAAGGGCAAGAGAGCCCCCCACUAGAUGGGCCUGGAGCCCACCAAGUGCUUCAUUCUGAGCCAAGAGGUAGCCCCACCUUGGCCUACCCAGAGCGGAAGGGGAGCCCUACGCCUGGGUUCCCCAAUCGGAGAGGCAGCCCAACUACAGGAUUUGUUGAGCAGAAAGGGAACCCCACAUCACCCUACCCAGAGCGCAGGGGCAGCCCUGUGCCUCCUGUGCCGGAACACAGGGGCAGCCCUGUGCCUCCCGUGCCAGAGCGCAGGAGCAGCCCAGGGCCCCCUGUUCCUGAGCGUAGGGGUAGUCUUACCCUGGCCUUGCCUGCAGAGUCCCCAAAGACCACCCCCACAGAGGAGGUGGCAGGCAGCCCUAUGGAGGUGCUGCGCAAGGGGUCCUUGCGCCUCAGGCAGCUGCUGAGCCCCAAGAACGAGCUACGGGAGGGCAAGGGCAGCUUCCCAGUGCUGCAGGAGAAUGGGCAACCUGAGAGUCCCCGGCGACCAUCUCUGGGACGAGGGGACAGCACAGAGGCUACAGGAGAUGAACGUGGCCCCAGGUCACGCCUAGCCUCGGCCACAGCCAAUGCCUUGUACAGCAGCAACCUACGGGAUGACACCAAGGCCAUUCUGGAGCAGAUCAGUGCCCAGGGUCAGAAGCACCGUGGGGUUCCUGCCCCAGGCCUAGACCCAACCCACAGCAGCCCUGAGCUGGGCCAAGCACCAGUUGCCGGAGGCCUGGCCCCAGAUAUGUCUGACAAAGACAAGUGCUCAGCCAUCUUCCGCUCAGACAGUAUGGGGGCACAAGGCCGGCUAAGCCGCACGCUACCUGCCAGUGCGGAGGAGCGUGACCGACUGCUGCGCCGCAUGGAGAGCAUGCGCAAGGAGAAGCGUGUCUAUAGUCGCUUUGAGGUCUUCUGCAAAAAAGAUGAGGCUGGCAGCCCAGGGUCGGGGGAAAACUUGGUAGAGGAGGACACCAGGGACAGCAAGGUGGGCAAAUUCAUGCCCAAGAUCCUAGGCACAUUCAAAGGCAAGAAAUGAGUGUCCUAGCCCUGUAGACCAGGGUGCUACAUUGCACACUGCCAACCUGCACCUGGAGCACUGAGCGGGCAAGGGAGCUCCAUGUCCCUGAGUCAGGGAUGGUUGCCAGGCCCUCAUGCCAAAGCAGUCUGGUGGCUUCAGCCUUGGCCUCUCCUUCCCAGGGCACAGCCCUACUGUCUACAGCUCCCUUCUUUCCUGGGCACCCUCCCCAGCUCUGCCUCCCUGUCUCCUUGACUAAGACCCCACCCCCACCUGUGGGACCUUUAUUCACCUCAGGGAGCCUUCUAUGUGCCUUAGCCCCGUUUUUCAGGGGUUCUCCAUAACUUUGCGGCUCAAUUUUGUGAUCUCCAUGCCUUUUGUCUCCUCAGGGUUUCUGUUCUCAGGGUACUCAUCUCAAAGCUUCCUGAAUCCAUCCUAUGGCUCUUAUCUGCUGACAGCCCCAUCUGCCCUCAAACCUCCCUUCUUCCUCCCCACUCGGUCCUUCUUCUCUCACCUCCAUCUCUUUCUCUGGGGUUUUCUUGCUUCACUGAUCAGACCCCAUCUACUUGUGGCCUCUUGGCACCUGCCUUGCUAUGGGGAAGGCAGGGCUGGCUGCAGGCACUUGUGAGGGAGAGGUGGGGGACAGACUCCAAGGACAUUCCUCUUGGAGUGACAGGGAAACUGGAUAGGGCAGACUUCUGGGAAGGAGGGACACAGGACUCCACAGGGGUUGCCCUGCCACCUAACAGCAGCUGUCUUCAGCCAAGUCUGCCCCUCCUACAGCAUAGCCCUGGGUAACCUUGUAAGGCACAGGAGAGGAGCACUAGGUUGUGCAGCACAAUAAAACACCAUCUGAACAGACAUCCUCGGCCCCAGCCUCAUUAAGUAUCCCCCACACAGGAACUAUCCCAAGCUAUGCCCCAGAAAGAGGCCCUUUUAAAUUAUUUUGACACAGGGUCUUGCUAAGCUGCCCAGGCUGACCUGGAACUCUUGAACUUCCUGCCUCAGUCUCCCAAGUAGCCGGGAUUACACCCAGCUCAAAUAGUUUUUAUUACUACAUCAUUAUUAUUAUAAACACAAGAGGGAAAAGAUGUGAGGAGCAAGGCUAAUUAACAAAAGCAGUUCUGAUACCAGCAACUGAGAAAAAGGUGGUGGCAGUAGUGUUUAGUGGCCCUACUUUGACCCUGACAGCUGUCUGGGUUCCAGAGUCACCUCCCAGGUGUAUGAGAGCAGGGACUUGGGGCCGAGUGAGAAAGGUCCCCUGGGGGAUGGAUGAGCUAGAGCAUUUCUUGGCCUCGUGCUUGCUGACAAGGUUAUAUUACGGUGUGUUAUAUGGCAUCAGAGCAAACAGGUUCCAGGCCCACUGCUAAGGGAAAACCCUCGAAGGAAGAGGAAGAACAUUCUUCCCAUAGAGAGGCUAGAGGCAGCCUCCUGGUCUGCACUGUUCACAUCUUGCCAAGACAACCUAAAACAUGAUGUUGCACAUUCUGUUGUUGACCAUAAAGUUGGCA